GUCCGUCCCUCGUGUAAUUGUUCUCCUCCUCCGGGCUCCUGCCCAACGCCUUGCGUCCCUCCAGCCACUUCGGGAGCUCCUCUGUCCCAUUAUACUCACCUGCAGGUAGCCCAUCCAGCGUCACCUACAUUUUUCAUUCUUCCAUACCAAUUAUCACGAGAACAAUCAUGCCUGCAUACCGCACUCGCGACACACAUUCACGACGUGAGUAGAAUACAACUUCCUUUCAGCGUGUUCAAUAACAGGAUGGACACAAUUGUACUCACUUUCGUAUUGUCAGAACUCGAAGUUACGACGGACGCGCACCUCCCGACCCUCACCAUCGUUUCCCCUACGCCUCGCGCAUUCACCUUCCCUUCCAACUUCACCAAUGACAUUCGCUCCAUCUCGCCGUCCGCCUCGCCCUUCGAGCCUGACCCCAAGUCUUUCGCUACACCGCCGCCUCAGCGGGCUUUCUCACCUUCCUCUUCAAUUGGUUCAGAAACAUGUUCUUCACUUUUUUCUUCACCUUCGGUUGCGUCCUCGCAGGCUUCGCAAAGGCGUCGUAGAUCGGUAGCCAGCGAUAACGAGAGACGUCCGAAGAAGGGCGACGAGGACUAUAUCAAGCGACCCGAGAAUGCAUUCAUCCUUUUCCGACGCAAGUGCUGCGAGGAUCGCCAACAGGCAAUGGACGAAGCGACAUCAUCGGUGGACGAGCCCAUCGCACCUCCCGCCAAGAGACAACGACAGGCUGACCUAUCCAAGCAAAUCAGUCAACAGUGGAAGAGUCUCUCUGCGGAGGAGCGUACGUAUUGGGAAGAGUUGGCGAAGGAGAAGAAGAAGCAGCAUGAAGCAAUGUACCCCAACUACGUAUACAGACCGCAGCGGACGAAGGAUAAGAGGGGUAAGAAGGGUAAAGGGAAGGGCGAUGGCGACGGAGAAACUGACGUGGAAGGGAGCAUCUCUUUCGUUCUGCCAGUCCCGUGCGAGCCUCGUAGUCUCAGUCGCGGAUACACUCACGGCCAUGGUCAUGGCCACAGCAAUCGUCGAGCAGUGUCCGCACCAACUCCCCCGCCGGCUUACCAGACUAUCCAACUACCUACCGUCUUCAUGCCUUCAUGCCCGACUUCUCCUUCUCUUGUGCCUAGGAUCAGCAGGCGGACCCCUCUUCCUAACCACCAUAUACCCCACCCAAGUGACUCGGAUCCAUCAACGCAUUACGAGUACUUACCGAACGAUACCCUCUAUCCGCCUCUCCGACGACUGAGUUACGACACGAAUAUGCCUGUAAGUACACAUCAGUCGCUUCGAUUGAUUUUCGAGCAGAAACUUACUUCGCUCGUGCUCCAGUCUAGCGAUCCCUUCCAAUCAUUCCAGUUCAAUGGCCAACAGCCUGCAGCCGACAGGAACGUUCCCCUCCACUCGCUCAACAUCCCGGAAGAUGCCAAUCCCUACUGCCCAAGCCUCAUCUCUCCUGCCGACUCCAUCGCAUCAAGCAUCUUCUCUCCUCCGGAUUCGCUUGCCUCUUGUUCUCCACGAGGCGGGCCCUACACGCCGGCAGAGAAUCUCUCGAUGUCCGCUCUCUCGAUUGCCAAUCAACCGGGAGACUCGAACGUCGACGACCUGCAGGAAGAGACCGCCACGCUUGGCUUUGGCGGCUACACCUGGGGAUCACAAGCCCUCUGGCCAGAACCGGGCGAUGCCAUGCAGCCUGAUGACUUCGACCUGAGUUCUAUUCCUCCCAUUGAGCUCGGCGCAACCUGCGACAUGGAUAACAAUCAGUACGGAUCCAUGGCUGAGGAGCACGAGUAUAACGACACGACCCCUGGCGGCGAUGAUCCAUUCGCGAACCUGUUCGCAUACGAUAAUAUGAACUGGUGAUGAAUCGGUCAACGUGCGCGGGCGUCCGUUGACCAUCCACAGUAUUCAUUCCUUGUACCUACAUAUUUUUCUUGACUUGACUCGAACUGUUUUGUAACAAAAUUGGCAGCGCAUCUGCCACUUGUAUCCUUUUCACUCACCUCUGUUAUUUGGUGGCUCGUGUACACUCUUCUGACCGCACUUGUAGUUUUAUACCUUCAAUUCACCUUCACAUUGCGACUACCGCAUUUGCAUGCCCGUUAUUCGCAUUUUUUGUGCUCACCAUUUGUCUCGUUAUCAUACCGCGACCACAUAUCACUCACGUACACCAUCCACAUCCCUACCACCCACCUUACUCACCAGCAAAUCCGCACGCAUCCUCCUCCGCUCUACCUGAUUUAUUGACAUUAGUUAUACUUACUGUUCCGCUCUUCCCCUAGAGUGUUCCGAUGUCAAUCCUAAGCCACAGUUCUGUGGUGUUUACACCGUAUCAACUGGGCAGAAUGGAAGAUAGGGCGCUGUCAAGUUGGUCAAGACCAAGGUGUGAGUACAAACGACUCGCUGUUUCCUGGCGACCGCUUCAUGGAGACAAGCUCGCCACGUGGUGUUACUUGUUUUAGGUUAUUUAGCAUAGAUUUCGUCCAUCUUUCUUUUGUACGUUUGUUCCCUAUAGACUUUCAUGAAGAUAGUAUAAGUCCCAGUC